AUGUCUCGCAAGAAGGCAGCCAAAGGCAAAGCCGUGACCAACAGCCCGUCUGCCGGCAGUCCUACCGGGAAGGGCGCCGGGAAAGCAGCGAGGAGCAGCCCGGGCAUUGUUCAGAUGAACGGCGUGGUCCACCCCAGCAGACCCUCCAUCAGCAGCAGCAGUGAGUUCUAUGACAUCGCUUUCAAGGUGAUGCUAGUUGGAGACUCCAGUGUGGGGAAAACCUGUCUGCUGGUUCGUUUCAAAGAUGGAGCUUUCCUGGCGGGCAGCUUUAUCUCCACUGUGGGCAUUGACUUUAGGAACAAAGUCCUGAACAUUGAUGGAGUCAAAGUGAAGCUCCAGAUCUGGGAUACAGCUGGACAGGAGCGUUUCCGCAGUGUCACUCAUGCCUACUAUCGUGAUGCUCAUGCCCUUCUUUUGUUGUAUGACGUCACCAACAAAACAUCCUUUGACAACAUACAGGCGUGGCUGACUGAGAUCCAUGAAUAUGCCCAACAGGAUGUGGUGCUCAUGCUGCUUGGAAACAAGGCUGAUGCCACUCAUGACAGAGUGGUAAAGAGAGAGGAUGGUGAGAGACUUGCUAAGGAAUUUGGAGUUCCCUUCAUGGAGACCAGCGCCAGGUCAGGCCUCAAUGUAGAGCUGGCUUUUACUGCUGUGGCCAAGGAGCUGAAGCACAGGUCCAUUAAGGAUCCCACUGAGAAGUUUAAGCUCCAGGAGUACGUAAACAAGGAGAUGAAGGGCGUCGGCUGCUGCAGAUCUUAAAAGCCUACCCCUCAUCAAUCUUUGGAUCUGUAUGAAUGUAUGUACGUGUGUGUGGAUGAGUCAUCUCCAUAAAGGAUGCGUUCAUAUCUGGCCGGAUCAGAGAUGAGGAGUCAGCUCUAGCGAGGUCUUAUCCGUUUUGAACUUUUGUUUCUUCAUUAUCCAACCUCUUUAUCUCAGCACACACAACCUCCAGCUGCUGUCCUGCACUCGUCUUGCUGCCCUCCUCCAUCAUGCGUGUCCUGCUUUUCCUCACCAACCUCCUUCUGUAGCUGUGAAUGUAGCCCAAGGUUACAGUUUCCAAAAGACAAAGAUAGGCACAGCACACCGCAAUUUUUACCCUGUAAACAGACAUUUUCAUCCGUAACGAUAGCCACAUAAUCAUCUUUUUUGACCCUGUAGUAUAAGGCAUUACCUACUGUGUUUAUUUUAGCGUGAAGUGAUUUAAUCACUCUAAAAUGUAUGGUUUCAUUUUUUUUUUACAAGAUACCUGUUUUGUAAAGCAUCUGCUUAAAAUGUCAGUGGCAGUUGUCAUUUGGUUUGAAUGUGGUGGACGAAUGUUCAUAUCCUA